AUGCAGCCUCAGAUUGUCUCUUUUAAAGUGGCUCAGACAAAGCCGUCAUUGACGCCUUGCAUAGAGACAAAAGACGUGCCAACGGAUCUACAGUUGGAUAUGUGCCAGAAGUGUGGGAAGUUUCAGCGUUUGAAACGUGACCCAACCAGUGCAUCAAAUAAGUUCUUUAGAAUUUCGGAGCACACGGACAAACUCGAACGAAAUGAACGGACGAUGUUCAGAAUCCCAUUAUAUCCCUGGGGUUCGUUUGUCGGUAUGCUUAUCGGUAACGUGGCGUUCGUUCUGGUGAUGGCAGGUGAUGAAAACCUGUAUGGUAAUCCCUUCGACGAAAUUAUCGGAUCAGGGCGGCAGUCAAUAAUUCCGGAAAAUAAAAAUCCCAUUUUUCAUUUUUUACAUCAACAAGGAUUGAUGAGCCGGAAAUUUGGCUUCUACUUCCAGGAUUCAUGGCAGCACAUUCGUGUGGGCGACAAUCUCGAACAACUCAUUACUGCACCUGGAACACCAUAUGAUGAUUUUUUUGCUACUGGUACCAACACAGUCAGUCUGCCAGAAGAUAUUCACAUGGUGAUCAAUGAAGUCCUGGGUAUCUGGAGAAAAAUGCACCAUGUUUAUGUGUUCGACUGUGGAAUGCUGCGUUUUCCUCCCCCGAUCUUUUUCCAAAUACAAGGGAAAAUGCUCCAAAUUAUGCCGAAACGGUACACAAAAAAGACAACCAUCGAUGGAAUUACGAUGUGUUGCACUCGUUUUCAAAACAACACUCCCAACUGCCCUGUGGAUAUCGUACUGGGAAUGGCCUUCCUACAUCCAUUUCAACUGAUCUUCGACAACCACUUUUACACGGUUUGGAGUGACCCAAGAGACAAAACGUAUGCGUUUUCCAGUGUGCAUUUGACAAAUACGUUUUCAUUUGGGACAAUAAGCUUACGGAAUGUUGGCACACUC